CUGUAAUACUCUGAUAGCUUGAUAAACUUGAUGAUUACGGGGAAGCAAGCGCCGGGCUGGGGACUAAUGGGGCAAUAUUUGACAUCGUUCGGAGACUCCUUACAUGCCUUUUGACACGGCGCUCAGGAAGUAAAGAAUUGCGCAGUGAAAUAGUGCAUGACAUGUUUACUACCUAAUACACUAAAUACUUGUGCACCCUAUUAUACCAGACGGUUCCAUCAACUGCAGGGAAAUCAGGCUAGAAAAUUUCGAGGGAAAACAUGGUCAACUAAAUCGUCUAAGCUUCCAUUUUGGUUUUUAAAGUUUAUAGUGAAGCCUUGAAAAAAAAACGUUGUAAAGACGAAUAAAAGAAUAAAGAUAGGAAUAGCUGAAUACUAGAAGCCGAAAUGUUAUCUCUUGCUACCUGGCUUGUCUUCCCGGUGUUCCUCCCACCUGUCACUCACGGAUGUAGUGAGUCAAUCAUGGGGCUGAAAUUGACAGGCCACCUCUACAAAUCGUUCCAUGAAGGCGAUCUAUUUGAGUGUUUCUACGCAUGUCAGAGAGAGCAGCCCUGUCAAAGCUUCAAUUACCUUUACACUAGUGCCAUUUGUGAGCUGAAUAACAGAACAAUGGAAGCACGUGAGCAACACGUGAUCGGAAAUGCUGAAUCUGUGUACUUUGGCAACACUGUGCGCAUUCCCAUAGGGUCCUCGCUCCAGCUUCCCGCUCUGUCGUGCCGUGAGAUCAAAGACUUCGAGCAUGCGGUCAGCGGUCGCUACUGGAUCUGGGAGUUUGGGAGCCCUGUGGAAGUUUACUGCAACAUGACCACUGCAGAGAGGGUCGAUUGCCUUAGUAAUCCCUGCCUUAACAAUGGCACAUGCGCCUACCAGGGGGAUGAUGCCUUCACGUGCGUGUGCGCAGUUGGGUACACCGGGGACAUAUGUGAACUCGCGCCCGAGUGUCAGAACUACACGAACCUUACUGACGCAACACGUCACGUGGACAAACAAGGGGGCGCGGCCUGCGAUGACCAAAUCCCCAAGAGGUGGUAUCGCUUCGUUGGACCGGCUGGUACGCGGUUAUCCGAGUCGUCUCUCAAUCCUACCACAUGUGGGACACGCAGACCAGGCUGGAUGAAGGGGACCCAUCCGAGCAUGCGCGAUGGUGACGUCACUAGAACGGUGUGUUUCUCCUGGGCGGGAAACCCGUGUUUUGGUGCGACCGUCGAUAUUCGAGUACGCAAUUGCGGAGAAUUUUAUGUGUACGAGCUUGUCCCUACUGUGCCGUGUAGUCGCUAUUGUGGCGCGGAUGCAUAAUGCGAAAGCUCGAGGUACAGCGACACGGAGCGACACCAGCCUAGCAGCUACCUACACCAAGAAACUGGGACAAGAGUAUCAUAUUCCAAACACAAUAACAAUGUAGUUCAAUUUUUGCCUUAUUGGAAAGAGAAACGAAUGGAACGGAACAGAUCAUGCUCGCGGGGUCAGCGUCACCAGCCGGAAGGAACGUGAGGGACCUCACGCAAAUAUCACUAGGUCUGCGAGCAUGCGAACACCGUCGGGAUUGCACAUCGAUGCUGCGACCUUCAGUAGAGAGUAAUUUACUGUAGGCUAGCGAAAACAAGGAUAGCCAGCGUAGCAAGCGCAAAGGGUAAAUGAGCUCAGCGAGCGUGGAACGCCUCCAAGGCGCACGCGAUAGAACCUUUUUUCCAACUCUUGCGUUUGCUACGCAGGCUUAAACAACGAAGCCUACAUCUGAUGCAACCCUUGAAUUGGUUUUCUUUAGAAUGAUCCAUUCAAAUUGUAACUCAAUGUUUAAAAAAAAGUAUACGAUAAGAAGCUAGGUAUUAAAAGAAACGGAGAGCAAUGAAUAUGUCGGGCAGGAUACUAUAUUGUAUUUUUUUGCAUUUACAACAAGGUAAAAUUGCUUGAUAAACUACAUUAGAGUACAUUGUCAAACUAGGAUGGAAGUAGACUUUCUUGGACUUGGUCCAGCAGUACACACUUCAAGCUCUUCUUGUGGUCAAAGGAGUAGAUCAAUCUGAUAAGGAUUUUUACUAGCUUGGGACUCGUAUGUUGUGGGAACAAUUUUGCACAAGCUAAAUAUAUCUCUUGUAUUUG